AUGCCUCAAAACAGAUUCUUUGAGGGUCUGGAUAUGGAACGAUUUUCUAUUCCGCUGUAUAGGAUGCGAGGUUAUGAGCCGUUGGCUAAAUCAGGCAGCGAAGUGAAGCAGAAAAAACGGGUAUCCAAUGACAAGAGAUGUUGGGUCAUAGUGAUCGGGCUGAUAGUAACGGUCUGCUUCUUGUUGGGUGUCACCUUUGCUGGCGGAUGGUCAGAUGGUUAUUCCGGAAAGACAUUUGACCAAAUCUUAUCACUCGAAGCUGCUUUAGCGAAGAAGAAGAUUCUGGAUAAUAUAGGACCGAGAAUAGGUGCAUUGGAUGGAUUGGUAGUGGCCAGUCCAAGCAAAGGAGACAAGCCGUACUUGCCUAAUUAUUAUUUCACGUGGACUCGAGAUUCAGCUCUAGUUCAUUCUUCCCUAUUAUCGUCUUUCCUCCCACAUGCAUAUCUCACAUCGUACGCCUGGUCUGGACCGAGAAAAGUAGAUAGGACUAGACAUUCGAAUUUCAAGAUGAAUGAGGAUCUCAUCAGAGCAUACAUCCAUUCUCAGGAUAGAAUUCAAAGUACCACGAACCCCUCAGGGGGAUUCAUGGAUGGUGGAUUGAAUGAACCUAAAUUCCAAGUUGACGGAAGUCCGUUUAGGGGAGAUUGGGGUAGACCACAAAGAGAUGGACCUGCUCUUCGCGCUUUAAGAUUAAUCCCAUAUGCCCAUUUCUUACUAGAUCGAUCAUAUUCACUUGAUGUAAAAUACGUUCAAGAGAAUCUGUAUGAUCCGCAACAAGUCAAGGUUCCAGGUAGGAUAAUCAAGAAUGAUCUUGAAGAAGUAGCUAGUGGUUGGAUGAAACAUGGAUUUGAUUUAUGGGAAGAAGUGGAUGGAUAUCAUUUUUUCACUCUCAUAGUAUCUAUGAGGGCUUUACAGGCUGGUGCAAUUCUAGCUUCAAGAUUGAACGAUACAGGAGCGGAAACAUAUUAUGUUCAACAAGCAGGAUCUAUUGGGGAAAAACUUGAAGAUUUCUGGGAUGACGAGAAAGGAUAUUAUCUAUCCAGUUUACCUAAACUACCUUCGAAGAAUAGUGAAAGUAGCAUAAGUUUGGAUAUCCCAAAUUUCCCUUCGCGAGAAUGGCAAGAUUGUUCAAUGCCUCUAUCGUUGAUUCAUGCAGGUAAUCAAUUCGACUCGGCAAACGUACAACGUUAUCCUAAUAUCACAUUCCCUGUGUUUGGUCCUACAAAUCCGAGAGUUUUAGCCACACUGGACAAGUAUAUCAAAUCGUUUGAAGGGAUGUACAAGAUUAACGGAGGCAAGAACUGGACGCAAGGUUGGGCAUUGGGUAGAUAUAAGGAAGAUGUAUAUGAUGGGGUAGGGAAAAGUAUCGCUAGUCCUUGGCAUAUUUGUACCAAUGCCAUCGCCCAAUCAUUCUAUUUGGUCCAAAGCCAGUUGUACGUCGAAGGAUCCAUGGAUGGAUUCAAAGUCGAUUUUGGUUUUUGGUCAGAUAUCAUGAAAGAAAGUGUUAAUUUCAACGAUACCGAACGGCGUACUGGGGACGUCAAUUUUGAUGAAGCUAUCGUAAGACUGGGGGAAAUUGGAGAUGGAUUUUUGAAUGUCUCGAGGAGAGCUUUCGAAGAAGGGGGAAAGAGCAUGAGUGAGCAGAUUGACCGAAACAACGGAAAUCCUAGGGGAGCUAGGGAUCUCACCUGGUCCUAUUCGAGCUUUGUAACAGCUGUGAGAGCAAGGGAAGAAGCGAAAGCCUUGUUGGGUUUGUGA